UUGACCCUCACGAGCACAACAACCAUAAAUUGAAAGUCCAAACUAGGAAAAACAACCUAUGGGCAAUACUUGCAGUUCAUGUGAGCCCACCUCAGUGGUCACAGCAAACCUGAUCUAUGAAGAUGGCAAACUCGAAGAAUUUUCAUCCUCAAUUAGGGUUUCACAGAUACUACAAAGAAACCCUACUUGUUUUGUAUGCAAAGCAGAUGAUAUGGACUUCGAUGAAUAUGUUUCAGCCAUCAAUCAAAAUGAAUAUCUUCAGUUAGGUCAUCUUUACUUUGUGUUGCCAUCAAGUUGGUUAAACAAUCCUCUUAGAACUGAACAGAUGGCUGCCUUGGCGGUGAAGGCAAGUUUGGCUCUAAAGAUGGGUAAUGGGGGUGGAGAUUGUUGCUGGUGUGGGAUAAAGAAGUUGGAUCCUGUGAUCGAGUGGACCAGCAAGAGCACUAGUGAUGAGACUAGUCCGACAGUAGCGACAGGCACGCACCAUGAGGGUGGAGGAUUUGCUGUGAAAAGAAGAGGGAGGGCUGGUGGCGGAGAAAGGAAAUCAACAACAAAACUGAGUGCUAUCUUGGAGGAAUAAGGUGAGGGGUGCAUUUUAGUCUUGUUAAGUGUCUUGAAUUAAUUUAAUGAUUUUCUCUCCCCUUCGAAAAUGGGAGCAGCAAGAAUAUUUGCCGGUGAUUUCAAUCAAGUUAUCUAUCCCUUUUAUUAUUACACACACUUCACUAUUGGCAACGAUUUUUGUUGAUUAUGUAUAGAAUCAAGCCAGUCCGCUGCAGAUUAUUUUUUUU